CAGGAGCCGACGUGGGUCCGUCCUCGCGCCAGCUUUUAUCCACUGAUACUCAUCACAACGCCCCCUCGGUAGGGUGCAUGCACGGGGUUCUCAGACUGCUGCUGCUUUAAACAGCAGCUCUGACAUGGAAACCCCAUUGCAGUUGCAGAACGAUUUCCAUCUAGAGCAGCAGCAGCAGCACUGUAAGUACCAGCAAUACUGCGGACGCGAGGACGAGCGCUCCAUCAGGCACUGCACCUGCAAUAACUCCUCCACCUGCGAGGAUGGGAGAAAACGGCAACCUUUGCACGGGACGCCACUGGGAACUUUGAGGACGCCGUCCGUAUCAUCUUCAACCAGGCAAGGUGCUCAGUACAGCGAGUUCACGCCCUCUAGUCAUGGUAGUUCAUUCAGACAUCAUCCUCAUCGCGACCAGAACCGGCAGAAUAAUCGGGGCAGUCCGGCCAGCAGCCACAGAGAGAGUAACUCUUACACCCAAAUAGCCAUGAGCAGCUGCAGAUAUAACGGCGGCGUGAUGCGGCCGCUGAGCAACUUGGGUUCGUCCCGCAGAAACCUGCACGAGUUUGAUUCGGAGUCCCAACCACUGCAGCCGGUCUCUGCGGCGGACCCUUCCGAUACUGUCCCCUCCAAACCGGAGAACAACUCCACCACCCUCAUGCCUUACUCGGCGGGGGACGGAGGAGGGGGUGGAUGCGGCCACAGCGGAGGCAAAUCGGGCAAAAAGAAGAACCAGAACAUCGGACAGAAGCUCGGGCACAGGAGGGCCUUGUUUGAGAAGAGAAAGCGCUUGAGCGACUACGCGCUCAUCUUUGGGAUGUUUGGCAUCGUGGUGAUGGUUAUUGAGACUGAACUCUCGUGGGGAGCCUACGGAAAGGAGUCACUGUAUUCUUUAGCCCUGAAAUGCCUGAUAAGCCUUUCUACAAUCAUUCUUCUUGGUCUGAUUAUCAUAUAUCACGCCAGGGAGAUUCAGUUAUUUAUGGUGGACAACGGCGCAGAUGAUUGGAGGAUAGCCAUGACCUACGAGCGCAUCUUCUUCAUAUGCCUGGAGAUCCUGGUGUGCGCCAUACACCCCAUCCCGGGCAACUACACCUUCACGUGGACAGCGCGCCUGGCCUUUUCCUACGCGCCAUCCAAGACGGACGCUGAUGUGGAUAUCAUCCUGUCUAUUCCCAUGUUUCUUCGUUUGUACCUCAUUGCUCGGGUCAUGUUGCUGCAUAGCAAACUCUUUACCGAUGCUUCAUCUCGCAGUAUCGGUGCCCUCAACAAGAUAAACUUCAACACACGCUUUGUCAUGAAAACCCUUAUGACUAUCUGCCCGGGCACAGUACUGCUGGUGUUCACCAUCUCCCUGUGGAUCAUCGCCGCCUGGACUGUGAGGGCGUGCGAAAGAUACCAUGACAACAUGGAUGUAACCAGCAAUUUUCUUGGAGCCAUGUGGUUGAUCUCAAUAACUUUUCUAACCAUUGGAUAUGGGGAUAUGGUCCCCAAUACAUACUGUGGGAAAGGGGUGUGUCUCCUCACCGGCAUUAUGGGUGCCGGAUGCACUGCUUUGGUGGUUGCUGUGGUCGCAAAAAAACUGGAAUUAACCAAAGCCGAAAAACAUGUACAUAACUUUAUGAUGGACACCCAGCUGACAAAAAGGGUGAAAAACACAGCUGCUAAUGUACUCAGGGAGACGUGGCUUAUUUAUAAAAACACAAAGCUGGUGAGGAAGAUGGACCAUUCUAAAGUCAGGAAACAUCAGCGCAAGUUCCUUCAAGCCAUUCAUCAAGCUCGGAAGUAAGUCGUCGCCUCACCUUUAGAUACAGAUCUGUUGUGUGCAUGCAAAUGAGAGCUUGUAUUUCUGAUGAACUGAGCAGAACAAAUGUACAUGCCCUCAUUUGAUAAGUGAAAUUCAUUUCUGAAGUACAGGCAAGCCUUAAAAGUUCAUUGACACGUACUUGGCAACAAACAUUCUGAGACAAUUAAGGAUAUUAAAUUUACGAUGUACAGUUAA